UACCCACACACAUAUAUAAGGCCAGGGAAGAAGAGCUGGACACCUAGACUGUUGGAGAGUUCCCGGGAGGUCACCCACACCCUUCAGGAUGAAAGCUGUGGUGCUGACUGUGGCUCUGGUCUUCCUGACAGGGAGCCAGGCGUGGCACUUACUACAGCAAGAUGCCCCCCAGUCUGGAUGGGACAAAGUGAAGGAUUUCGCGGCUCUGUAUGUGGAUGCAGUCAAAGACAGCGGCAGAGAAUAUGUGUCCCAGUUUGAAUCCUCCGCCGUGGGCAAGCAGUUGAACCUGAAUCUCCUGGAAAACUGGGACACUCUGGAUUCAACCGUUGGUCGCCUGCAGGAUCAGCUGGGCCCGUUGACUCAGGAGUUCUGGGAAAAUCUGGACAAAGAAACAGAUUGGUUGAGACAGGAGAUGAACAAGGACCUGGAGGAAGUGAAGAAGAAUGUGCAGCCCUUCCUGGACAAAUUCCAGGAGAAGUGGAACGAGGAAGUGGCGCUCUACCGCCAGCAGAUGGAGCCUCUGAGCACUGACCUGCACGAGAGCGCGCGCAAGAAGCUGCAGGAGCUGCACGGGAAGCUGACCCCGAUAGCCGAGCAAUUUCGCGACCGCAUGCGCAAGAACGUAGACUCGCUGCGUACACAGAUAGCGCCCCACAGUGACAAGAUGCGGGAGAGCCUGGCCCAGCGCCUGGCUGAGCUCAAGAACAACCCCACCCUGGUUGAGUACCACACCAAGGCCACGGAACACCUGAAGACCCUUGGCGAGAAAGCCAAACCCGCGCUGGAGGACCUGAAACACAGCCUGAUGCCCAUACUGGAGACCUUUAAGACCAAAGUCAAGAGUAUGUUCGACAAGGCCAGCGAGACGCUGGCCGCCUAGUGAGGUGCCUGCCUCCACGCCCCACCCCUGCCCUGGCUUUCUUACAAUAAACCUUUCCAAAGUGGAA